GUUGCGUGCUGUGGGUGGCCUGCUCGUUCCCGGUGGCACUGUCGUGCGAUUCUUGUGGUCGCGAAUGUGCGUCGGCAUGCGGGACACGUCACUUCCGAACCUGCUGCUUCAACUAUCUUCGCAAGCGCAGCUCCACACCACCGGUGGCACCGCCCGGAAGUGACAGACAUCUCGAGCUGUGGUAUGCGGCGAAAGCGGCACAGAAAUCCCGACCGAACCACCGCCGGCUGGCCGAUCUGCUGCUGAACGGUGCCGCGAACGAUAUUGACUACGAGUUUGUACCCAUGAUGGCGGCGAACCAUCAGGCACUGAGCGAAGGCCAACCACGGAGCGGGUCACUUGGGCAGCCAUCGGUCAGUUCGCCGGAACCGGACGACAGCCGUAGCAGUGAGAGAAGUGUGGAAAAAGUUUCCUCCGAAGAGUCGGAGCCCGGACGUCUGCAGUUGCUGUACGAAGCUUAAGCAACACCUCGACGAAAGACUCCCGAGCGAAUGAUCGCUCCUACGUCACAUUAGGGUUUAGGUAUUCAGUUUGGUUAGUUGAAAGCAGUGUCCUUUCGUAAGGUAAUCGUGCCGAUCGACCAGAGGCUUUCAUUUAGGCUGGGCAAAUGGAAGAUUCCGGUCGAUCCUAUCCACCCUUUCGUUUGAGUACGUAUCAUCAGCGUUUCUCUCCUAAGCAUCAUUAUUCCUCAUUGGUUCCAUUUCACUAGCGAAACCCUCCCACGGCACCAUUUUGGGCGCAACGAGAUUCCCAAAACUAAGGAUACAGUUCCCCCUGCCAUAUUUCAAACCAUAUGUGCUCCCCGAAUCUGUGGUUCCGCUCGGUGAUCGGUUGCGGGGCUUCACAGUCGCCGCAUAACGUGCGGCUACAAGCUCCAAUUAGGAUACUUCAAAGCACCCAGCACAGGUGGGCAAAGAAACGGCAAUAGGGCUUUGAUUAGUUUCGUGAGAAAACAAUUAAGAAAACA